GUUCGUGCGGUGUUUGAAGAUGGCGAUCUCCGUAAAUAUGCGAUGGAUCGCCGCAGCGGUGGUAUUCUGUUCAUUGCUGGCAGUAGGACAAUUUGCUGAAGAUAAACCAUGCGCGAGCCGUAGAGUUGGCCUCUUAAGGUCCAUAGUCUGUGUGUGUAACUCCACCUACUGUGACACCAUCACCAGAGAGAACCCAGCACGAGGCACGUACGUCGUCUAUACUUCUACACACGGCGGGAAACGUUUCGAGAAAAGUUACGGUACAAUCCUAACAUUACCAGAACAAAGGUUUGAUGACCCUGGUGACCUCGAGCCUGAACCUGAGCCUAUAGAAAUGGAUUUUGGAGCUGGUGAACUUAAGAACUUACCUGAUCCACCGUUCAAACAAGAAAAAGAUGAUGAUGAAGAGGAUGAUGACGACGAUGAAGACAGUGAAGAGUUUCAGAACGUUGCCGGCCGAUCCGAAUUCUUAAGCUACGUAGUCUUGAGGGUUUACCCGAGUACUCGCUACCAAGUCAUUGAGGGUUUUGGCGGAUCAGUCACUGAUGCAGCUGCUAUUAACUGGCGUAGUCUUUCCGAUGCUACACAAGAGACCUUUAUACAAACUUACUUCGGCCCAGAGGGUCUGGAGUAUAACAUGAUCAGAGUACCAAUAGCUGGUUGUGACUUCUCCGAAUACCCGUACACUUACGCUGAAACUCCAUGGAACGAUGCUACCUUGUCCAACUUUUCUUUGUCACACCACGACUUCUUUUUGAAGCUGCCAAUGAUAAAAAGAGCACAGAGCGUCGCCACGGAUGAAAUCAAAGUGACUGCAAGCACCUGGUCUCCUCCAGUGUGGAUGAAAACGAAUGAAGCGAUCACAGGUUUUGCACAACUCAAACGAGAAUACUAUCAGGCAUUCGCUGAUUACCACUUACGUUUUAUCGAAGAGUACGAUCGAUUCGGCGUUAAGAUUUGGGCUAUAACAACGACAAACGAACCUAUUAACGGCAUUGUACCAUUCGUGCAAUUCAAUUCUUUAGGAUGGUUCCCUCAUCAGUUGGGUCGCUGGUUAGCCGACAAUCUAGGCCCUACGAUAAAGAACUCACGUUACAACGAGACAAAAAUCCUUGCUAUUGAUGAUCAACGAUACCUUCUACCAGUUUAUUUAGCGGGCAUGGAGCUCGCAGCCCCGGAAUCCAUAGAUUACAUGGACGGAGUAGCAGUCCACUGGUACGGGAACUUCUUCCCGCCACAAAUACUGUCAGCUAUCCAGAACAGAUACCCGGGCAAGAUUCUACUUGCCACAGAAGCUUGUGAAGGAUCUAUGCCUUGGAACUUAGAUAAAGUGAUUCUUGGAUCAUGGAGACGAGCUGGCACUUAUGUCAAAAGCAUCAUUCAAGACCUGAACAACCACGUUGUCGGAUGGAUUGACUGGAACCUUUGCUUGAAUCCCAUAGGUGGACCAAAUUGGGUGGACAAUUUUGUCGACUCACCCAUCUUAGUUUACAAAGACAGAGACGAAUUUAUCAAACAGCCUAUGUUCUAUGCUAUGGGUCACUUCUCCAAGUUUAUUCCAAGAGGCUCUCGCCGCGUACGAGUAUCGCGAAGAAGUAUACUCAGUGUGGAAAAUGUAGCUGUUAGAAAACCAAAUGGCAAUCUUGUAAUUGUAUUGCAGAACAGACGAAGAAGACUAAUGAAAGUGGAAAUUAGAAUAAGCAGCUCUAGAUAUAUUGAUAUAUUAAUGGAACCAAGAUCAAUAAAGACAAUAGAAAUUAAUCCUUAGAAUAAAAACACUGAUGACUAAAUAAACUUAUUUAUUUUAUAACAAAUACAUAC